CUUUCUGGAGAGGAAAUACUCCAUUGUACCAUCAGCUUUUGACCAGCCAACAAGCCAGGAUGAUGACGCUACUGGUAGAAGACCUAACGACAGGCAAAAAGACAGAAGGUAGAGAAAUGGGGGACUUCCUUCCGGAGGACUUCAAAGAUGGAGAAUAUGAAGCUACAGUGAGAUUGGAGAAACAAGAAGACCUGAAGACGGUCAUUGAUCCCUCAGUAACACCGCGCACUCUGACUUACCAAGAAGAGAAGGAGCUACAAGCUGAGAUCAAGAAAAAGAAACUAGAGGCGAGAACAAAGCUUGACAGUUUGGAAGACCUUGAGAAAAUCAUCACUCUGAAGAAAAGGAAAAAGGUGAAGAAGGCCAGAGUCCCAGCUGAGAAGGAGCCUGAGCAAGAAAUUAUAACAGGGACUGUGGAUGUUCCCACGUUUUUAAAAGCCGCCUUGGAGAACAAAAUGCCGGUAAUUGAAAAGUAUUUAGCGGACAAAGGAGACCCAGAUGCUUGUGAUGAGUACAAGCGUACAGCCUUGCACCGUGCCUGCUCACAAGGACAUUUGGGAAUUGUGGAAAAGUUAGUAGCAGCUGGGGCUCAUCUUGAAUUCCAAGAUAUGCUGGAAUCAACGGCUAUUCACUGGACGUGCCGAGGUGGAAACGUAGAUGUUCUGAAAUUCCUCUUAAACAAAGGGAUAAACAGAAAUGCCAAAGACAAGUUGCUCAGCAGUCCUUUACAUGUGGCGGUAAGGACUGGCCAGUAUGAAUGUGGAGAACAUCUCAUUGCAUGUGAAGCAGAUCUGAAUGCUAAAGAUAGAGAGGGGGAUGCGCCAAUGCACGAUGCAGUGAGAUUAAAUCGAUAUAAAAUGAUUCGACUCCUGAUUCUCUAUGGGGCUAACCUGAAUGUAAAGAACAUUGAAGGGAAAACUCCGAUGGAUCUUGUUCUGCAGUGGCAAAACGGCACCAAGGAAGUCUUCAAUAACCUCAACGCUUAUAAGAAUUCCCCCAUAGACACGUUCUGAGAACCAGAUUGAAAGCUGGUCCGUUUCUUUGCACACAUGGCACCACUAUCGGCGAAAAGAACAAUGUGAAGAAGAAUUCCUGGAUACGUGAUGCCAUCUUUGCCUCAUCGAACGAGUGUUUUUUUGCCUUUGGAAUAAGUCUGAGGAUAAAAGGUUCAAAAGCACGGCUUGAGUGUUACAAUUCCACUAGUUUCAAGGUUUUUUUUUAUUUUAUUUAUUCCUAUUUAUAUCUUGUAUUCCAUUCUUCCCUUUUUCUCGGAUGUAGUUUCUCUGGCUGAUGUUUCUCUUUCAAAUCGUCCUGUUGAUACUAGAGUUGUAGAAGUGAUAGUCAGGGCAGGAGUAUUUAUACAAGGCAAUCACGUUUCUGAAUGUAUUAGCAGCUUCACAAGUUCUUUCUUCCCAAUUUAACCCCAACGUAAUUAAUUUUUAGGUGUCACCCAACAUUUCUGCUGAAAUUGCUAUUAUCAGAGUAAACUGUUAAAAGCAAAGAUGGGAGCUGGAGAACAGAGGUAUGGAAAGAAAUGACAUUAGAAAGGAACAGCGGAAGUCGAAUGAAAAAAA